AUGGCUAACGAAAUGAAGAAUAACAAAACAAUAUCCAUAGUCGAUGGAUUACGUGUACCCGCACUAUUUGAUGUCGAUCUAUUUCGUUCAGGUCUUGAAUAUGAAACACAAUCUGAUGAUAUAUUCAUUGUUACUUAUCCAAGAUCAGGUACACAUUGGAUGUCAACUAUUGUUUAUGGUUUAUUAACCGAUGGAAAACCAUUCAAUGAAGAUAUGGGAGAUUAUUUGGGAAGAAUUCAAUUCCUUGAUCGAUUUGGAAAAGAUGCUGUUAAGACGAAGAUGAUUCGUCCUGGUGUUAUUCAAACACAUUAUCCAUUCAAUCGUAUUCUAUAUCAUCCUGAAGCAAAAUAUAUUGGUGUUAUUCGUCAACCUAAAGAUGUUUGUGUUUCUUGUUAUCAAAUUUUAUCUUCGAAUCCAGAAUUUCAAUUCUCACAAAUGGAUUUUUCGACAUUCUUUCAAUUAUUUAUCAAUGGUCAAACACCUUAUAUUGAUUAUUUUGAUCAUUUAGAUUUGUUAUGGUCACACAAAGAUGAUAAAAAUGUUUUGCUGAUUUCAUAUGAACAGAUGAAGAAUGAUCUUCGUAGUGUUAUUGAUAAAGUAGCUCAAUUCCUUAAUAUUGAUAUGAGAGAUAAAAAUCAAUUAAUCGAUCGUAUUGAAAAACAUUCAUCAUUUGAAUAUAUGAAAGAAAAUUUCGAUUCAAGUCGACAUUGUUUUCUUAUGAAACAGGGACAACAAUCUGAAGAUUCGAUUACAUUUAUUCGAAAAGGUAUUGUAGGUGAUUGGUCAUCAUUUAUGAACGACGAGCAAAGUCAACAAUUAGAUCGAAUUACGGCUGAAAAGACUCGUCAUAUGCUUGGAUUGAGCUCAUUUUGGAAUCCAUCAUCGAAAAUUGACAAACACGAGCAAGAAUCAAUCAACUGA